AUGGAGAAGAAGAAUCCUGACGUUGCCUUUGCACCAGGCACAGACUCCACGGCCGGUCUGAAACACGAAGCGCAGCCUGGAUUCAAAGAGACCACCGUGCCUGUGACAAACUACUCAACGUCUUCAAAUAUCCUCUUCAGAGUCUGUCUUGGGCUCUUCCUCUCCAUAAUCGAUACUUCCAUUGUCGCCACUAGCAUCUACAGCAUCGGCGUCGAGUUCCAAGACAUCCGCCGCGUCAACUGGGUCGCCCUGGCCUACGCGCUUGCCUAUCUCGGCUGCGCUGUGACCUUUACUCGCGUCUCCGAUGUGGUGGGCAGGCGGAACGCCUUUGUCGCUGCCUAUAUUGUCUUUUUCGCUUUUUCCCUGGGAUGUGGUUUUGCGCAGAGCCUGGACCAGCUCAUCGCUUGCCGGGUUCUGCAGGGGAUAGGCGGCUCUGGUCUUUACUCUCUUUCCAUGAUAAUUUUGCCCGAGCUCUGCCCCGAUAAUCUUCGGCAAUAUAUCGGCAGCGUAAUCGGCCUAGUCCUCGCCGCGUCGGGGGCCCUUGGGCCUGUUCUGGGAGGCAUCUUGACGCACUACGCCACCUGGAGAUGGGUCUUUUGGAUAAAUGGGCCUAUUGGUUUCGUCUCCUUGAUCAUCUUCUUUCUCUCCUGGCCGAAAGCCGAGCAUCUGCCUUCAACGACAAGACGAUCUUGGAAAGAAUUUGACUAUGUCGGCUCCUUUCUUAUCAUUGCCGCGGCUGUUCUGGUCGUCUUCUCCUUCCAGAAUGCGGGUGACUCUCCAGGCGUGACGUGGGGCACCGCCGUCUUCAUCGCGCCCUUGACCGUCGGCCUUGCCCUCUGGCUGGCCCUCAUAGCUUGGGGAUACUUGGCCGGACGUGUCUUUGAGGGUCGCCUCGCUUCCACCUUUCCCAUCGGCCUCUUCCGCAACAGAGCAUACGUGGCCGCUGCGAUAUCUACGUUGUUCCUUGGUUACCCUUAUUUCAUGAUCAUCUACGCUUUUCCGCUCAGGGCCCAGGUCGUGGCCGACAAAAGCCCGUUGUUGGCUGGUAUCAUGCUGCUCCCCAUGGUGGGCUCCACGGCUGAGGGAAGCAUUCUCGCGGGAGCCAUAAGCAAAACCAAGAAUUAUCUUUUCGAGACGAUGCUCGUUGGUACUUGCUUGAUGACUCUUGGGGUCGGACUACUUACUAUCGUUCACGACUCCGGCGACGAUGCCAAGGCACUCGGUUUCAUUGUCUUUGUUGGUCUUGGGUUUGGAUUAAACGUCGCAUCCGCAACGAUGCUCACGACGUUCGAAGUACCCAUCAUAGACUAUGCACCCGCACAGGGCAUUAUAGCACAACUGAGAAUCCUCGGGGGCAGCCUGGGCAUCUCCACCUCAACCGUCUUCCUGAACACCAAAACCAGCGAACUGCUCUCGGGGCUUCUGACGCCACAGGAACAAGCUACACUCGGUUAUGGCAGAGCGACGCUUUCGUCAGAGCAGCGCAGUGCAGUGCACCGAGCCUUCUCGGAAGCUUUUCACAAUGACAUGGUGGUUGCAGCGGCGGUAUCAGGGGCGGCCGUCUUGGUUGUCCUCGUCGCAUAUCGUCGCGAGCGGAUGCUUGUGACGGAUCAGAAGAAGGCCCGGGUCCUAGAGGAGAUAGCGCGCAGAUCGGGACAGUAG